AUGUCUAACGAGAAGUUUGUUUGUGAAUGCCGUGAUCUUGUUAUCCGCUUGGAGAUAGCCACUGUCCUGUUAGCUGUUGCUGUCUUCCUUCUUUUCAAAUUUGUCCUAAUUUUAAAAGUUUUAACCAAUCUCAAGUUUUGCAUUCAUCAAUCAAAAAUGUUUGUGAUAGUGUUAAGAACAAAAAAUUUUAGCUUAUCUGUAAUUCAAUAUAUCAAAACAGACAUUCAAACUGCAUCCUGUACAUACAGCUUAAAUAUUACAGCUUAUGUAAACUUAGAUUAUUUGAUUGAUAAUGAAGACUUAACUAUCGAUGGAUUGUAUUAUAUAACAAUUAAUUCAUCAGAAUAUGAAAGUGGUAUUCGUCGUAUUCUUGGUGACAACACAAUCACUGGAAUUGUUAUUAUUGUCUCUGUCUAUUUAUGGUUGUUAUUUGUUGUAGUCGCAAGUUCAAUGUUGCAAUUGUAG